AUUAUCCAGCCCCUCUUGGCCUCCUCCCUUCGUAACCCUACUCGACCCACAGCCCUCACCACUGAACGAAGACAGCAGCAGCUGCUGCCGCCGCUCCUCCCUCUAGAUCCGCUCGCCGUCCGUCAGCAAUCUCGGUCGCCGUCGUCUCUCCCGCCCGCCGUCUCGCCCGCGCGCCAUCCGCCAGCCGUCUCGCCCGCUCGCCGUUCACGAUCGAGCCGCCUCCACACCUCUUCUUCUCCCGACGACGGCAGCGACCAAAAACCCUUCUCUUCGCCUUCCGCCAUCUCGCCGACCUUGCGUCUCGGCGUCCGCCGUCCGCCGCCACCUCUCUCCUCCGACCAGCGAGAUCCUCGCCUCUUGACUCGGGAUGGCGUUAAUGGAGUGCAAGGAGGGCUGGAAAGAGAAGAGUACAGUAUGAGUUCAAGCCGGACACGACAAAUGGAAAUUCGACGUGAUGGAAUAGCGGACAAGUUGUGGGAUGACUUCCAAGCUGGACUCCUUUGACAUUUGUGAUUGUACUUCGACUUAUUUGAUAUUGAAGUAUGUACUAGUAUCAGGAAAUUUGGCAGAUUCUCAUUUUCAGGUCUAGUA